CUCUCUCCCCUCGUCUUAUCCCUGCUCCGCUCCACCUGCGCCCCACACACCACAUUCCACCAUUUUCACCCCUUCCCCGGGCGCCGGAGGAGCCCAACCCUUCGCCUCGCCUCGCCGCCACCGUCCACCUCUUCCGCGUCGACCUCGCCGGCGGCGUCCGAUCCGUGGGGCACUCGCUCGAAUGGCGCCGCAGCUGCAGGGCGGCUGCUACGCGGUCUCCUCCUGGCCCCGCCUCCCGCGGCUGCCCCCCUGGCCCUGCGUCGCCUCCUACUCCUCCCACACGCAGAGGCGACGGGCGCUACGCCUCCUGCCGCCGCAGCGCCGGUGCGUGGCUGUCCGGGUGGUCGCGGAGGCUGCUCCGUCCCUGGCCCUGGGCCCGGAGGGCCGCGUCGCGGGGGCAAAGGAACACGUGCGGUUUUUUGCGGCGGAUCUGGAGGGGGUUCCGGGGCAUCGGCGGCAGGAGGAGGAUGAGGAGGAAGCUGUGGACGAGAGGGAGAGGUUGAGGCGGAUGCGGAUCUCCAAGGCGAACAAGGGGAACACGCCGUGGAACAAGGGCAGGAAGCACAGCCCAGAGACGCUGCAGAGGAUUCGGGAGAGAACGAGGAUUGCGAUGCAGGACCCCAAGGUUAAGAAAAAGUUGAUGAAUCUGGGACAUGCACAGAGUGAGGAGACAAGAAUAAAGAUAUCUAUGGGAGUGAGGCGAGGAUGGAAUUUGCGUUUACAGAAGUUAAUGAUUCAGGAUGGUUGCUUUGUGGAGUGGCGAGACAUGAUAGCAGAUGCAGCUAGGAAGGGCUUUGCUGGUGGAAUCUCCCUCCAAUGGAAUUCAUAUAAAAUCUUGACAGAGCAGAUGCGGCAGGAGUGGGUGGAAAAGCUUCAGAAAAGGAGAUCAAUGCCUCGGCCAACAGGUAAUAGACGAGCACCAAAAUCUCCUGAACAGAGGAGGAAAAUUGCAGAAGCCAUUGCUGCGAAGUGGCUUGAUAAAGAAUACCGUGAACGCGUAUGCAGUGGAAUUGCUAGCUACCAUGGAUCAUCUUCUGGAACUAAAGUACCACGAAAACCAAGGUCUUCCAGAGAACCUGGUGCUAAGAGAGAUACCACGAGAAAGAAACCUAUUCAAUCCAGAUCUGCUGGGUUAGAGGAUGAAUAUGUAAUAGCUCCAACAGUUAAGAGAAAGAAGAGUGCAACUCCAUACAAAGAUCCAAUGGCUGUUGAAAAACUAGAGAUGAUAACGAAGAUUCGGGCUCAAAGGGCAGCAGUGGAAAUAGAAAGGAAAGAAGCUAUUAACAGGGCUAGGUCACUCAUUGCAGAAGCUGAGAAGGCUGCAAAUGCUCUUGAAACUGUCGCGUCUACAAGCCCUUUUGCUCACGCAUCACUUAUAGAAGCUAGAAAGCUUGUUACAGAGGCUAGAUUAUCUCUACAACAAGUUGAUGAUGAAGGUCCUGCAGAUAUUUCUGAUGAUGCAUCACAAGGCACAGGUAUGUGUGAAUUGCACAACCAUGACUUGGCAAAUCAAAAUGACGUGAUCAAGCAAGAGAAUAAACCAAUCAAUGGGAUGAAACUUCCUCCAAGCAAUAUCAAUGGCACGGAUUUCUAUUUUGAUGUGUCGACUCUCAAUGAAACAAAUCAUCUUAGAGAUUAUCAGAGAAUAGAAAAUUCCAUGGAAAGAGCCUAUCUUCUUCCUUCCGCUUCUUCAGCUAUUCAAGAUGUGAAUGGAAAUCGCAGGAUUAAAGAUUUUAAUGCCCAUCAAUUAAUGGUGGAUGAAUCAAUAACAAUUGACCAAAUUGCAUCUGAAGCAGCAGAAAAUUAUCCCGAUGAGCCACAGGAAGAAGAAGAUGGCACCUCACCAGAGCAGAAGUCUAAAAUGAGGUGGGUACGUGGGCGACUAGUUGAAGUGGAUGAAUAAAUAGGUAUUCUGAAUUAUAGUAGUUGACUAAACUUUUCAAGACAUCGUUAUCUUGCCUUUCUGCUUCCAUUUUGAUUGCUGUUGGUAUGGGCCAAAAAUGGGAAAUGCCGGAAAGGAUUACAGAUCUUCUUGGCACGCAUUCUUGGUGUAUUCUAAUAUGGAAAUUCGUCGGGAACACGGCAUGACUAAACGUAUUAUCUUCAGAGGUGAGAUAAUUGUAAUUAGUAGUUGGGAAUAUUAGAUAAUUUCCUUAGUCAGGUUAGGAAAAUUUUAGCACUAAAUUCAUGAUCUCGUGAAUGUGUUUAUCAUGUACCGAAUAGUUUGUAGUUAAUCAACUUAAAUUGCUACAGAUAGCCUUAACACGAUUUCAUUAUCUGAAUCCAUACCUGGUGUAUCUUAUAACUACGAGUUUUGUCUAGGUCAUACGCAUGGCAGGAACAUGUUUGGUUUGCGA